GAGGGUCAAUAAAAGAAUAAAAAGUCACUGGUUAGUGAUUCGAGUACAAGGAACUUGAUCCCAGCUCCGUAUCUGUGUGUCCAUAUGCUGCUCACUGUCAGAGGGGAACCAUUUGAUCCCCAGGUGCAUGCCCUUCCCCAGGAUGGCUUCUGGAAAACUAGUCAAGUUCCUGGUUUUUGAGCUGCUUGAGUUUGCUGCCUUUUCCAUCCCCAUGCUCGUGAUGAUGGAACAGUUUGCCUCUGCUGAUCAAAACACAAGGGAUACACGGGACAGAACACAUUAUUGGCUGAUUGUUUCCUGUUCGAUUGCUUAUGUAGCCUUAAUGACUGUCUUGAUAUGGAUUCCCGUGAAAGUUCUCUUGUUCAAGAAACGUCAUCUUUACCAAAAAAUCAUAGGAUGGAGACCUGUUAUGGUGAUGUGUGUAGUACUCACCACACUUCCCAGCUUCAGCUUUUCCAUAGCAGUGACUGAGGUUCAGAAGAAUGUUAAUGGUUCUGCCGUGUUACCUGAUAUGUUACCUGACCUGCCAGUCUCUCUGGUUCUGACUUGCUUGAUCGUGGUUGAUAUUAUUGAAAAACUCAGGACAUAUCCUCUUAGAGGGCAGCUAAAGAGUAAUGAAGACAAGCACGUGUAUAUGACCAGUCUGCAACAAAUAAAAACUGUGACGGACCAAGUGAGGCAAAAUGAAGAAAACCCGACACCCCCGCAGCCAGCCAAAAGGACCCAGUUGUCACGACCACCAGGAGCCACGACAUGGCGCCCUGCUCCUGAUCUGGAGGGACCCCAGGAGCCCACCUUUGACUCAGGAAUCCUGAGAGCCAUGUCCCAGCAGGACAUCCGCGCACAAGUCUUCCUGUGGACCUUUCUGCUGUGGUCUGACACUGUAGAAAUGGUCCGGGUGGCCGGGCACCCCAAUGUGUACAAGUCAGGCUGGGUCUACCCAGUCUACCUGUUCAGUUUCAUUUCUCUUCUUAGAAUGAUAUUCACUCCUCAGAACCCACUUCUGAAUUCCCUGGGCAUCCUGCUCCAGGAUCUGCCCUUUAUCUUUGUUAGACUUUGUUUAAUCAUUGCCCUGGGAACUAUCACACCUGUAUGGGGCCUUUGUAAAAAUGUACUCGUGACUCUCUCUUAUGUUUACUUCAAUUACUUAACCAAAUUCAGGAUUUUCUCAUCCUUUGAAACAUCUUUUUAA